AUGGGCCCUGCACUGGAAUAUACCACCACAGAUGAUACAGGUACCAAAGCUACUGCACAGAAGCUUGAUACAUUCAAAGGUGUCUUUAUGCCCACGGCGCUGAAUGUCUUGUCGAUUCUCAUGUUUCUGCGCUUCUCGUUCAUUGUCGGACAAGCAGGAUUCUUAGGUACGAUGAGCUUGUUGAUCGUUUCGUAUGCUCUUGAUCUACUCACAGUCAUGUCCAUCUCUGCCAUCAGCUCAAAUGGUACGGUCCGCGGUGGUGGCGCUUAUUACAUGAUCUCACGAACGCUCGGUCCAGAAUUUGGUGGGUCCAUUGGAAUUGUCUUCUACAUUGGCCAAGUGCUCAAUGCAGGCAUGAAUAUUGUCGGAUUCUUUGAGCCGCUCGUCGACAAUUUUGGCAAGUCUGCCCAUGCAGAACACGGUCAUGGUUGGCUGCCAGAUUCCUUCUGGUUCGUCUUCCUGUACGGUUCAGUAAUGUGCCUUAUCUGCUCAAUUGUAUGUACAGGCGGCUCAAAGUUCUUCUCGCGAGUUAGCAUCGUAAUCUUUAUGUUGCUUGGUAUAUCGACCUUAUCCAUCCCCUUCUCAGGCAUUGUGCGGUCGAUCUUUGGCUUGCAAGCACAUGCCUGGCAGCCCUCAUGGGAGACCAUCCGGGAUAACAUGUUUGCACAUUUUACAAGAGGCGCAGCUGGCUCAGAGUCAACACAACGAGAGACAUGGCGUUCGAUCUUUGGGUUACUUUUCCCCGCGACGGCAGGCAUCUUUGCUGGUUCUGCUGACUCUGGCCAGCUCAAGGCCCCAAGCAAGUCAAUUCCUCGCGGCACUCUUUAUGGACUGUCCCUGACAUUUUGCUUGUACACAUCAGUCAUUGCUGUACUUGCGAUUGGUGUUCCCCGAGCUCACUUGUACAAGGACCUGAUCAUUCUUCAACGAAUCAAUUUGACCAAGUACCUUGUCAUUCUUGGAGCACUCAGUACUGCGACCUUUUCGACGCUUUGUGGUAUCAACGGCGCCGCCAAGAUGUUGCAAGCUAUCGCACGCGAUGACGCCUUUCCAUUCCUGUCUGUAUUCAAGUAUGGCACAAAGGCCACCAACGAACCUCUUCUGGCUAUCCUCAUUACCUGGCUCUUCACUCAACUUGUGUUAUUUGCGGACAUCAACAUGAUUGCAUCUGCCGUCACCAUGACCUUUCUCCUCACGUUUGCUGGUAUCAAUUUGGCUUGCUUUCUGCUGGACGUCUCCAGUGCGCCCAACUUUCGCCCAAGCUUCCAAUACUAUUCCUGGCAUACUGCCCUCCUUGGCUUUGUCUGGUCAUUCUUGACAAUGUUUUACGUUGACGGUUCCAUUGCAUCGGCGGCCUUUGCCUUUCUCGCCACCUUGUUCCUCAUGGUUCACUAUUUUGGCGCACCAAAGAAUUAUGGUGAUGUUUCGCAAGCACUCAUCUAUCAUCAAGUUCGCAAAUUUUUGCUCCGACUUGAUUCCAAGGAGCACGUCAAGUUCUGGCGACCACAAAUCUUGCUCCUUGUAAAUGAUGCUCGGGCGAACCUCAAUCUCAUCAAGUUCUGCAAUGCUCUGAAAAAGAGCGGCCUUUACAUCCUCGGGCAUGUGCUCAUCACGGACGAUUUUACCAAAGAUUUGCCAGAGAUGCGAAAACAACAGACUGCUUGGGCUCGCUUGGUGCAACUACUCAAAGUCAAGGCAUUUGUGCAAAUUGGAGUCAGCACAGAUGAAGUAUGGGGAGCCAUGAACAUGUGUCUUUCCAGCGGUCUUGGCGGAAUGAAACCGAACAUCGUCGUGAUGUCCUUCUUCAAUAUGGACACUUAUCGCGAGGAUCGUGCGGCAUCACAGUCGAUCGGAAUGAAGAACAUGCCAAGCGAAACAGGGACUUCUGCUACAGAGAGGACGAGAUUGCUCAGGAGCGACUCGGAAGAAAUACAAAAAGAGCGCGACUUUCUGCCCACAGACGUUUGUCGCAAGAAUCCCCCGAUUGGAAUGCAAACGUAUGUCAAUAUCGUCGAGGAUGUGAUUGCAAGCUUCAAUCUCAACAUUGCCCUCACUCGUGGUUUCAGUAACCUCGUGUUUCCGGAGGAGUCAGACAAGCAGUAUAUCGAUCUAUGGCCCAUCCAAAUGUCUCCGGCAACAGGAGCUGAUGCAACCGGCGAAAUUCUCAGCACAAACUUCGAUACAUACACCAUGAUUCUGCAAAUGGGCCAAAUCUUGCAUACUGUACCAAAGUGGAAUAAGGCUUUCCAACUGCGAGUCAUGGUAUUUGUCGAGUACAAAGAUGAUGUCGAAGAGGAGCGCCGUCGCAUACAGUUGUUGCUGGACAACUUGCGCAUUGACGCAAAGCUCGUUGUUCUGACACUCGACAACGGCAUGUUUGAUGGCUAUGAGGUUUGUGUCAAAGAUUGUAAGGAACCACGUCGUCUCAGACCUGUUGAGGAAGCACUACACUCACAGAGCUGGUGGAAGGAU